GAAAUUUCAACGCAUCAUGAGGCGAUACGGUGUAUUCCGUACGUUGUACUGGUUCUUGUUCAGUGACCACAAGUAUGGGGCCUUCUGUCGACACAAAAAAUCGCCGUCUUUCGCACGACCUUCCCACUCCAGACUCUGAAUCCCCUCUACGAUCCAGGAAACCUUACAAACUCUCAACGUUGUGCGCGACUGUUGAAAAUCCUGACCAAAAGGAUCAAUAUGGAAGCAGUUCUGUACCGAUUUAUCAGACAGCCACGUUCAAGGGUGUUGGAGGCGAAUACGACUAUACACGCAGUGGAAAUCCGACCCGCAGUCAUCUAGGUGAGUUUUGACUUUUGGCAUCGAUAGACGUUAAUCUACACUUGUCUAUUCAUAGAGCAUCACAUUGCCAAAAUUUCCUCUGCUAGUCAUGCGUUCGCAGUUUCUUCUGGAAUGGCCGCAUUAGAUGUCAUUCUUCGUAUGCUCAAGCCCGGAGACGAAGUCAUCGCUGGAGAUGAUCUGUACGGCGGAACUAAUAGGCUUCUUGCCUAUGUACGCAACCACGGUGGUGUAACUGUUCACCAUGUCGAUACGACCGACCCAACGUCGAUCAUUCCAUGCAUCAACCCCACCAAAACAGCCAUGGUUCUCUUGGAAUCACCCACGAACCCGCUUUUGAAGAUCGCAGACCUCGCACUCAUAAGUAAAGAAGUCAAGGAACGAGCACCGGCAGCUGUGGUAGUGGUCGAUAACACCAUGAUGAGCCCGUAUCUUCAAAGACCUCUAGAACACGGUGCAGAUAUCGUUUAUGACAGCGCAACAAAGUAUCUCAGUGGACAUCACGACCUGAUGGCCGGUGUAAUCACCUGUAACAGGGAUGAGCUUGCCAAACAAAUAGCAUUUACCAUCAACGCUGCUGGGAAUGCCUUAACUCCAUUCGAUUCUUUCUUGCUUCUCCGAGGUGUUAAGACCUUGGCUGUUCGUCUCGAUCGUCAGCAAGCUACGUCGUCGCUCGUAGCUACCUAUCUUCACUCUCUAGGCUUUAAAGUGAACUACCCUGGCCUUCCAGAUCACCCAAGCCGAGAAGUACAUCAGCGUAUUUCAGACGGUAAUGGAGCCGUCCUGAGCUUUGAAACGGGUAGCAAGGAAAUCAGCGAGAAAAUUGUUGGGGGUACCAGGCUGUGGGGAAUCAGUGUAAGCUUUGGGUGUGUGAAUAGUUUGAUCAGCAUGCCCUGUGUUAUGUCACACGCUUCUAUCGAUCCGGCAACUCGUGCGGCUCGCGGGCUACCUGAAGAUCUCAUCCGCCUUUGCGUCGGUAUCGAAGAUUCUGCUGAUCUCCUGGACGAUCUAGAACAAGCUCUCAUAGAUGCCGGUGCAAUUACCUACAAUUCUCAACUCAACCGUUAUGUCCGAGUACAACCGGACGAAAUUCUUCUUGAGAAGGCUGUCGAGAAGUUAGCUAUAGGAAGUAUCAAGACUCGCCAAGAGUGGUUUGUGAGUGCCCCUGGUAAAGUCAUUCUCUUUGGAGAACAUGCCGUUGUCCAUGGUGUAACAGCGAUAGCAGCUUCUGUCGAUCUUCGAUGUUACGGGCUUCUGACUCCUAGGGAGGAUGGUAAGAUGUCUGUACAUUUCAACGAUAUUUCCAACUUCUACAAGGAGUGGGAUAUCGAUACUCUUCCUUGGAAGAAUGUUGCACCUCUAUCCAAAGACAAGAAUCACCCACCGGAACUUGAUCAGCCGCUCAUAGAACGUCUGUUGGAGGGCCCGCUAAAGCACCUGGAAUCCACUCGAGAAAGCACUUCCUCACUCGUACUCAUAUACUUAUACAUGAAGCUGAGCAAACCCGGCUAUAGACCCGGUUUCAACUUUACUGCAAGAGCCACUCUUCCGGUAGGAGCUGGUCUUGGUUCCUCUGCAUCCUUCUCUACUUGUGCCGCCACUGCAUUGCUACUAUUACAAGCGCGUAUAAAUGUACCAGAUUUACCUCCACCUUCUUCAGAUGGACAUAUCCACAUUUCUCACGAAGGCCGUCGUGCUAUUCCACCAAAGACAGCAGAAGAAAUCAAUAGAUGGGCAUUCAUCGCCGAAAAAAUUCUACAAGGAAACCCCAGUGGCGUCGACAAUAGCGUAUCUGUUUUCGGAGGCGCCUUGGCUUAUGUGAAGGAGGGAUUUGGGAAGAAGAGCGGAAUCGAGGCCAUUCAAGGUUUCAAAUCUCUUCGAUUUCUCCUUACAAACUCUAAGAUUCCGCGAUCUACUAAGCAGCUCGUCGCUGGCGUUGGCCAAAAGAAAAUUAACGAACCGGAACUUGUUCAGUCGCUCCUAAAUGCAAUACAAGUCAUAAGUGACGAGGCCAGACGCGUUCUUGCCGAUCCAGAAUUGAGCCGCGAAACCCUUCUAACAGCCUUAGCGGCUCUCAUUCGAGAAAAUCAUAGUCACUUGGUUUCCCUAGGUGUCUCUCACCCAGCCCUAGAAGCGAUCCGCGAAAAAACAGCAUCCCCACCGUACAACUUGAGCACUAAGCUCACCGGUGCUGGGGGAGGCGGAUGUGCCGUUACACUUGUUCCUGAUGACUUCACGACCGAUGUGAUGCAAGAUCUACUGGCUGAGCUUUCCGCAAACAACUUUGACCCAUAUCUGACCGCGGUCGGUGGUAGUGGGUUAGGCAUCCUCUCCCCCCAUGAUAAACAUAGAGUCAAACGCGCGGAACGUGCUGUUCCGGGACAAGUUACUCCCCCUAAAUCCCCUCGAGAGCAGUCAGUUGAAGUCUACGACGAUACUCUUCGGCCGUCGUUCGAGACGAUGACGAUCUCAGAACUUUCUGAAUGGGCGCAAGAGCUAGGACGGUGGCUAUACGUGUAAUUUUAAGUCCUAUCCCCGAUGGUGUAUGUGUGUACGAUACUCUAAUCACUGGUGUACAUAUACUAGAUUUAUAAAAACUCGACCGCUUGUGGACUGG